CCGGCUUCCGCAGACGGCGCUGGUGGGCGAUCGUGAGGCGCCGGAGGACGUUCCCCGCGGCCGGAGCCAUGGAGAUGCCUCUGCCGCCCGAUGACCAGGAGCUUCGAAAUGUCAUCGACAAGCUGGCUCAGUUCGUGGCUCGCAACGGGCCCGAGUUUGAGAAGAUGACGAUGGAGAAGCAGAAGGACAACCCGAAAUUCUCGUUUCUGUUCGGAGGAGAGUUCUACAGUUACUACAAGUGCAAGCUGGCGCUGGAGCAGCAGCAGCUCAUCUGCAAGCAGCAGGCGCCAGAGCUGGAGCCGGCCGCAGCCAUGCCGCCGCUGCCGCAGCCCCCGCUGGCCCAGGGCACGCCGUCCAUGGACGAGCUGAUCCAGCAGAGCCAGUGGAACCUGCAGCAGCAGGAGCAGCACCUGCUGGCCCUCAGACAGGAGCAGGUGACGGCGGCUGUGGCCCACGCGAUAGAGCAGCAGAUGCAGAAGCUCCUGGAAGAGACCCAGCUGGACAUGAACGAGUUCGACAGCCUGCUGCAGCCCAUCAUCGACACGUGCACCAAGGACGCCAUCUCGGCCGGGAAGAACUGGAUGUUCAGCAAUGCCAAGUCCCCGCCACACUGUGAGCUGAUGGCAGGCCACCUUCGGAACCGCAUCACGGCCGACGGGGCGCACUUCGAGCUGCGGCUGCACCUCAUCUACCUGAUCAACGACGUGCUGCACCACUGCCAGCGCAAGCAGGCCCGGGAGCUGCUGGCCGCCCUGCAGAAGGUCGUGGUGCCCAUAUACUGCACCAGCUUCCUGGCCGUGGAGGAGGACAAGCAGCAGAAGAUCGCCCGGCUCCUGCAGCUCUGGGAGAAAAAUGGCUACUUCGACGACUCGAUCAUUCAGCAGCUACAGAGCCCAGCCCUGGGGCUUGGCCAGUACCAGGCGACGCUGAUCACCGAGUACGCCUCGGUGGUGCAGCCGGUGCAGCUGGCGUUCCAGCAGCAGAUCCAGACGCUCAAGACGCAGCACGAGGAGUUCGUCAGCAGCCUGGCGCAGCAGCAGCAGCAGCAGCAGCAGCAGCCGCCGCCGCCGCAGAUGCCCAUGCCGCAGAUGGAAGCCGAGGUCAAGGCCACGCCACCGCCUCCUGCUCCGCCCCCGGCGCCCGCGCCCGCGCCGGCCAUCCCUCCAACCACCCAGCCUGAUGACAACAAGCCCCCCAUCCAAAUGCCGGGUUCCACGGAGUAUGACGCUGCAGGAGGGGUCCAGGAUCCUGCAGCCGCCGGCCCCCGAGGCCCCGGACCCCACGACCAGAUCCCACCUAACAAGCCUCCUUGGUUUGACCAGCCUCACCCUGUGGCUCCCUGGGGCCAACAGCAGCCACCGGAGCAGCCCCCCUACCCGCACCACCAGGGCGGGCCGCCCCACUGCCCACCCUGGAACAACAGCCACGAGGGCAUGUGGGGCGAGCAGCGGGGGGACCCCGGCUGGAACGGCCAGCGUGAUGCGCCCUGGAACAGCCAGCCCGACCCUGCCUGGAACAGCCAGUUCGAGGGCCCGUGGAGCAGCCAGCACGAGCAGCCGCCCUGGGGCGGCGGCCAGCGCGAGCCGCCCUUCCGCAUGCAGCGGCCGCCGCACUUCCGGGGGCCCUUCCCGCCCCACCAGCAGCACCCACAGUUCAACCAGCCGCCGCACCCCCACAACUUCAACCGCUUCCCGCCCCGCUUCAUGCAGGACGACUUCCCCCCACGGCACCCCUUCGAGCGGCCGCCCUACCCUCACCGCUUCGACUACCCCCAGGGCGACUUUCCCGCUGAGCUGGGCCCCCCUCACCACCACCCUGGCCACCGCAUGCCUCAUCCUGGGAUCAACGAGCACCCGCCCUGGGCUGGGCCCCAGCACCCUGACUUCGGCCCUCCCCCCCAUGGCUUCAACGGGCAGCCCCCCCAUAUGCGGCGACAGGGCCCGCCCCACAUCAACCAUGAUGACCCCAGCCUGGUCCCCAACGUGCCCUACUUUGACCUCCCUGCCGGCCUGAUGGCCCCCCUCGUGAAGCUGGAAGACCACGAGUACAAGCCUUUGGACCCUAAAGACAUCCGCCUCCCGCCCCCCAUGCCACCCAGCGAGCGGCUGCUGGCGGCCGUGGAGGCCUUCUACAGCCCCCCGUCCCACGACAGGCCCAGGAACAGCGAAGGCUGGGAGCAGAACGGCCUCUAUGAGUUCUUCCGAGCGAAAAUGCGGGCCCGGCGGAGGAAAGGCCAGGAAAAGCGGAACAGUGGCCCCUCGAGGUCUCGGAGCAGAUCCAAGAGCCGAGGGCGUUCUUCCUCCCCCUCCAACUCGAGAUCCUCCAAGUCGUCAGGCUCGUACUCGCGGUCGAGGUCACGCUCCUGCUCCCGCUCGUACUCCCGCUCCAGGUCCAGGAGCCAGAGCAGAUCGCGCUCCUCGAGAAGCCGCUCCCGGUCCCGGUCCCGGUCCCGGUCCAAGUCGUACUCCCCGGGACGGCGGCGGCGGUCGCGGUCCAGGAGCCCCACCCUGCCUUCCUCCGCUGGUCUGGGUUCUAAUUCAGCACCUCACAUACCUGACUCGCGGCUCGGAGAGGAGAACAAAGGCCACCAGAUGCUGGUGAAGAUGGGCUGGAGUGGCUCCGGCGGCCUCGGUGUGAAAGAGCAAGGGAUCCAGGACCCCAUCAAGGGGGGGGACGUCCGGGAUAAGUGGGACCAGUACAAGGGUGUGGGCGUGGCCCUGGACGACCCCUACGAGAACUACCGCCGGAACAAGAGCUACUCCUUCAUCGCGCGCAUGAAGGCCAGGGAUGAGUGUAAGUAGGCCGGCUCCAGGAGCCAGCCGCGGCCGGGGCACUGGCUGUGGGGACCGUCCCGGCUUGCUGGCAGUGGAAGAACGCAGUGACAGCUUAGUUCUCACGCGGUCUCCACAUGUGGGGAACGACAAGAGAAGACUCACGCAUGCCUAGCCGGGAGCGCCACGCUCGCUGCGCGGCAGGGCACGGGCUCCGCCUGCAAAGCACGCCAGGAGGCGCCGCAGCCACCAGGGCCGUGGGCUUGUUUCCUUUGCAGCGAAGCAAGACACGCAAGACCCUCCGCCCCCCGAGUAAGAGCUCUUCGUCCCCGAAGGAACGGAGGUGUGCACCUUCCCGCCACCAGCUCUAAGGGGCGCAGAGCCGGCGGGCCACCCGCCUGCCGCCUCUGGCUGUGCAGUGACGAAGCCACAGCCGGCGCCAGGACUGCUCGCGAUUGAGAAACAGAAAACAAAACCUUUUUGACUGGCAGCGUUAAGCAGGGUUUUCGUUUGUAUUCCCAUUGGUUUAGUUCUAGAAGAUGUCGACCCGAGACGAUCCCCAGUGAGAUCGCUGAAACCUGAUCCUCUGAGACACGCCGGCCCUUAGUUCGAUUACUUUAGUUGUGUAAGUUGAUUUUUUUCCUGGAAUGUUAGCCAUUUGCUAUUUGGAGACACGGAAGGUUCUGACAGGAAACCAGUCCACGGCAUCCUCGGGUCCAGGAGCGCGGCCCUCCGCGCCUGCGCCUGGCGCCCGCGAGCUUCCCGCCUAGGAGAGCCCGCACCAGCGCGACAGCCCUUCCCACCCACCGGGGCCUUCUGCUCUGCCCUUUCGUUUGCACCCCUCCCCGCCCCCAGAAGGGAGGGGAGGCCAGCAGGGGAGCUGUCCCUGCCGGAAGCUGCGGUGACCGCCGGGGUCAGCCACGCCUGGUGUGGCUGGGCAGCCGGGGCGGUGCCGUUUAUUUGUACAGAAACGUUUUUGAGAACCUCUUUUCAAUAAGAUGCAAAUUCCUCUCCACCUUUUCAACCCAAUGUGAUAAAAUAUUUGAUUCUGUUCUAGAUUUCCUGUAGCUGUGAAUUGUUCAAACCUGUCUGAUUCGGGAUAAAACAUAAACACGUGCUGUUAACACUUUCUUGUGGAUUUUACUGUUUUGCCUUCAAAUAAAGACUUUUUUUUAAAGACCUUU